AUGGCACUUGCACUGCCCACACAUAUAUCUCCAGCUCAACUAGCUAGUUUCCUCUCGAAUCUGGGCUGGCCCGAUUCGAGUACGGAUGCGCUCAUCCCAUCGAUCACAUCUGCCGCGGGGGACACUGAAUCGACUGCAGUGAACACCGCUCAUAUGCCCGGUGUGAUCAUACCUCCAUUUGCACUGUUGUCAUUUAGACAUUUCGGUGUCAGUAAUAAUCACACGACUAGCACAGACCCAGUUUCUUCCAAUGUGAAGUUCCAUUCGAGUCCGGAUGAUCAGUGUGGUUUUGCUGCUCCCAUCGCCACUCCAACCACAACUGUCUGUCCUCCUCCUCCGCUUGUUCAUUCAAAACUGUCCGUUUCCGCAACGCGGAAAUCCAGUUCCCCAACAACUACACUACAUUCCAACCGGACACAUACCCCCGAGACCAAAGUGACAUCCAUAUCACCGUCAUCCUCAGCGAUGGACUCGCUAUCCUCAUCCAGUACACUCGUCCCAGUUACCCGGUCCCGGAAUUGUUCCACCGAGCAAACUCGAUGCCACUCUUGUCAGAAACGGACUCGACCAGCACAGGGAUUCAGUUGUCGGUGCGAACAAUGGUUCUGUCAGAAACACUAUCAUCCGGAAGAUCACAAUUGUGCAUUUGAUUUCAAAACAAUGCGUCUCAUCUCUCCGGUCCUUUCAUGCGUGUCUGAGGCAAACGAUUUGCCCGAAUCCGGAUCCAGUUCGACCGGGAAUUGA